CGUUUUUUGGAGCGUCCAUCGUACCUCUCGCCCUCUCCAUGCAUGCGAGUGGAAGCGCUUGUGUUGAAAAGAACCAAUUUUGCCGGUUCCUCUAUCGGAAUAUUACCGAUUAGCAGCCGGAAUUGCACGGAACCUAAGGUAGCUCAAUAUUUAGAAGGUUCUGUAGCAGUGUCGUUUGAGUUUUGUGUUUGUUAUGUACACCCAUCGGAGCGGUGCUCAAAAAUUUUGCAAAUCUGGAUGAGUACAGCGAAAUAAUGAUAACCGCCUCGGAACCUUUGGAAUUUAUUCCUCGGGGUCGUCAGGCGGUGAAUGGGCACCCGGGCCCUCUGGUGCUGAAGAAGCCCGUCUCGGUUCCGUCCGACUUUAUUCUGCUCCAGCGGAUGCAGGAUGUGAAUAUUUCCCUCGACGACAGCCCCGUAGAGUUUUACCAAAUCUGUGAGACCUACAACGAGCUGGAGGAUGCCAGUGACAGCCCCGGUUUCCUGCGCGAGGCCGAGUUCAAUACGGAGGAAGAGCUGUACGUGAAGGGUAAUACGGCUGUUUGGACAACCGGACUGAGCAGUGAGGAGGCCGCACCACAUACGUGCCUGACCUGCGAAAAUCCUAUCAAAUUUGCCUUCUUUAGCCCGCGUAGUUUUGUAGCGCCGGAGGGGAAAGAAAAGCAGAAAAAGGGUAAACAGAGGAGCUCGAAAAAAGAUCAGCAAUCAAAAUCAGCCGUGUGCUUAAUGGACGGCUCAUCUUUGAAGGUUUACUGUAGCAGUGGUGAAAAUUUUGUUACCAGUAUCGAAUGUCCGAUUUCUAACGUAUGGAUCUCAAGUCACGGCAUUCUGCUGGAGAAGGAACCGUCGAAUGCUUUGAUAGAUACCCAUUCCAUUCCUAUGCCACGAUUGUUCUCUCUUACGCAUCCGCUCGAUGAAAUGUGUCCGGUUCUAAUAAAAAUGAACAACACAACGUCCUACCUGACCGAAGCAGAAUACCGAGUUGUGUUCUCCUGCGAGGAGAACAAAUUGGUUUUGAUGUUUGACGAAAAACUUGGGAAGCACUUUGUCUGUUUCUUACGAAAGGCUACUGAUGAAGAGAAGAACGACAUAGGUUGUGGAAGUGAUAGUGUGUCGUUAUCGAAUACCGUAUUCAAUCUUACAGGACAUAUGUCUCACCAGGGAAUGACAACCCAGCCAACGGCUGCGACACCCCAGUCGUUCUACAAGAAUUCAUUACUAGCACGCCACAGUGCAUCUAAGUUAGGGCAAAUGAGUUUUGGAGCAACCCAAGGCAGCCCUUAUGUCAGUAAUUUGCAGCUUGGCCAAGUAGGCUCGUUCAAUCUCAAUGCAACCGGGGUAUCGGGUGCCACUAAUCGAAGUCACUUACAUCCGCAUGCCACAACUGCUACGACGCCGUUGUCAAGGCUGCAAUCGACACUGGGUGGAUCCGUUUCCCUCAUGGACGUUAGAAAGAUGGGCCAAGCGGAACCAUCAAAACCGAUAGUACCGGAAUAUUGCCUGGAGCAUGUUUGGACCGACAACAUUGGUCAAUGGAAGGAAUUCCCGGAAAUAGCGUCGAAAGGUUUCAUACAUGUCGAUUUAGUUGGUGACGCAUAUCUAUGCUUCUUACUUGCCCGUUCAGCGAAACUGAGCUUGCUUCGGAUCGAUAAUAGUGCCACCGACCGUAUCCAAAUAUCGCCUUCUUCAGUUUCAAAUCAAAUACCCGCCACCGAUGCCGUCUGCAUGAAACGCUUGAACAUGAUUGCUGUGUUGGCGCCCUGUGGCACGUUGAUGCUGUACUCCGGACUGGUUCAGGUUGGCAAAGUACACGUGGCUGGUAUUUUAAGUAGUUUCAUCACAUCGAGCGCGCUGAGUGCAUCUUUCGGAGCAUCCCAAGGCUUUCCGCGGCGCAGCAGUUUACUGCCAACUGUGCCGCCAGCUCAGGCUGAGACUAGGUUUGACGAGGAACUCCACAUGCUUUCUCCGGUUCAACCAUUGCAUUCGACGACAACUAUGUCGCGGUUAAACAACUGUUCAAGCAUACGGGAUGGUUCGGGCAAUCGAUUGACGCUGGUGUUCAACAACGAUAAGAUGUUCCGCAUUUCGCUUCCGAUCAUGAGUGAAUCCAAACUGGUAUCGCGAUGUUUGUUAGCGUUGAGAGAAACUCUUCCCAAACCAUUGGCCUUAGAGCUCAUGAUCCGGUGGUAUGGUACAAAGAAUGCGCCUGGUUCGAAGGACUUUGACGGUAAUCGAGAAUGGGAAGCAUUUGCGGCGAUGGUUUUCCACCAAAUGGGUAGACCGUUUCCGCCUCCCGAUGGCCGUUUGAACAAGUCCAAUUCGAAAUCUUCGCUGGACGAACCGAAAAAAAGGCGCAAAAGUGAAAACUGUCUGGGAACAGACAACGAUUGGGAAUACUUGAUGGAGUAUAGCGGAAAAACGAAAUUGACUGGCAAGCAAGAGGACACAAUCACUCCUGUGGCAUAUAGUUCCAAUAAACCGCUCUUCGGAAACAUUCCCAAUAUUUUGUACACUUUACAUUUGGUGUAUGAAGAUAUGAAGCUUGAACCCUUGCUGCGCAACGAACUUGAAUUACUCGGAGAGUUUUUGUACGAGCUAUCCUCAGAUAUAAAACUGGAAAAGUUUCAUUUGCAUUAUUUUCUUGAUUUUCAACAUUUAGUUGAUAUUCAGUCUUGUUGCUUUGUAAGAGAGGAAGAUAGAGUACGGUUUGUUAAUGUGUCCGAUAUCAAUUUUGAAAGUGUGCCCAAUAUAUUUGCGUACAUCCAUGAGCUGAUCGCAAAUCCAAACAAAUCCGAGCAUUGCAGCUAUCCUUGUAUUGAGCGGAUUAACAAUCGUAGUCGGGACAUAGUACUGAUCGUUGCCUACUUGUAUCGAGUGAAAUGUCUAUCGAAAUGGAUCACGACUCAGUUGAAAAACCUUUCAAUAGAUUUGAAUCUUUCCACUUCGGACGAUGUUGAUCAAAUUAUGGCCAACGUAGUCAUUCAAUUGUUACUCAAACGAGGGUACAAUCGAGCAAAUAUAGAAAAACUUCCAGUAAGUAUUCAUUAUCUGAUCGCGCAAUUCUUGGAAAUCAAUCGCAACAAACCGAUCCAUCUCUACGAAGCCGAAGUCUACGAACUACUUCUUAGACCGGAAUUAUACGCUCACGCCACUUUCGACGUCCAGAAUCAACCAAUGCGAAGCAAGAAACACACAAGCGGCUUGAAGGAACAUUCACUCUCGCUUCGUCGGAAGGUUCAACCAGAAGUGAUACCGAAAAAUGAGACCAAGCAGGAGGAAAAUGGCAUGGAGAACAUCGACACCAAACUGUUGCGAUUGCGUUUUCCCGACGAUUUAAGGAUCAAUGACGUGAAAUCGUUCCUAAACAGCUCUCAGCCAGUUACGAUUGAUAUCGUACAAGCUCCCAACGUUUCGGAUCACGAGUUUAUAGAAGAACAGGAGAAACAAUUGUACGCUUUAUGUAUCCGGACUAUGGCGUUGCCCGUUGGUCGCGGUAUGUUCACCUUAAGGGCCAGUCGUCCGACUGCUACUCAAACUUUACCAAUACCAAAACUUUGUCUAACCGGUAAAGAAAUUCACAGAGGUGCCACCAUCGAGAUUCAGCAACUGGAGGUACCACCAAAUAUGAAUCUCUGGCCUACAUUCCAUAACGGUGUCGCUGCGGGACUGAAAAUAUGCUCGGACACUCCGGACAUCGACUCCACUUGGAUCACGUACAACAAACCGAAAGGAGUGGCCGAUAUCCCAACCGAACAUGCCGGCUUCCUUAUGGCACUUGGUCUCAAUGGGCAUCUGAAGUCGCUCUCGUUCAUGAGUAUUUACGAGUAUCUGGUGAAGUGUGACGAGAUGAUUAGUUUGGGCUUGCUGCUUGGUAUUUCAGCAGCUCAUCGCGGCACGAUGGACACAAAAGCGACGAAAUUAUUGAGUGUUCAUACAGAAGCCCUCUUGCCGCCGACUGCAGUUGAGUUAGACAUCUCGCAAAACAUUCAAGUUGCUUCGUUGAUGGGCAUAGGGCUAGUCUAUCAAGGAACGGCCAAGCGACACAUAGCCGAAGUGCUGCUGCAAGAGAUUGGCAGACCUCCUGGUCCGGAGAUGGAGAACUAUGUCGAGCGAGAAUCCUAUGCUCUGACUGCUGGUCUUGCGCUAGGAUUGGUAACCUUGGAACAAGGGGAAAAGUCAACAGCGUUGCGAGAUCUGGACAUACCGGAUACGUUACACUACUAUAUGGUGGGAGGUAAUCGACGUCCUCUCGUCGGUGCUCAGAAAGAGAAAUACAAACUGCCUUCCUUCCAAAUCAAGGAAGGCGAUACCGUUAACAUUGAUGUAACCGCUCCAGGAGCCACCCUCGCUCUCGGUUUAAUGUACUUCCGCACAGGAAACGAGGCCAUCGCCAAUUGGAUGAAACCUCCGGAUACCACCUAUCUUCUAGAUUUCAUCCGUCCCGACCUGCUGCUGCUACGAAUUGUAGCGAAGAACCUCAUAAUGUGGCACGAAAUUGACGCUUCCACCGAUUGGGUGUACAGCCAAAUCCCACGAGCCCUAUCGGAAUUGAUUAGGAAUCGUCUCCCUACUGAUCACCAAGCCCAACCAACUGAUCACGAAGCGCAAUGUCAGGCCUAUUGUAACAUUGUAUGUGGGGCGGCUAUUUGUAUCGGCCUCAAAUACGCGGGUACUGCCGACGAGCGUGCUUUCACAACGUUGAAUUUCCUAUUGAAGUAUAUUCUUGGUCUAAGUGGCCGUCCCUUCGGAGACUUUGCCGGAAAGCAGACACUUGAAAACUGCACGAUCAUGAUACUACUCUCGCUGUCCCUGGUGCAGGCCGGCACUGGUGAUCUCAAAGUUCUUCGCGCUAUUAGAAUGCUACGUUCCAGAUUUGGACAAUGUCAUGUUACGUAUGGGUCUCACAUGGCAGUACAUAUGGCACUGGGAUUCCUAUUUCUCGGCGCAGGGCGCUAUACUCUGUCACGAUCACCGGAAGCAAUCGCAGCUCUCAUCUGUUCCAUCUUUCCGAAGUUCCCGAUCCACAGCAACGAUAAUCGGUACCACCUACAAGCAUUCCGUCAUCUGUACGUGCUAGCGAUCGAACCGCGUCUCUUUCUGCCGCGAGACAUUGAUACCGGGAAACUUUGCCUGUGCGAAAUAUAUUACUUGGAGAAGGGUAAGACUGAACCAGUCAAGGUGCUGGCGCCAUGUAUGCUUCCGGAGCUACAUACGCUCAGUAAGGUGUAUGUGAGGGAUUCCAACUACUGGCACGUAUAUUUCGAUCAGGAGAACUGGAACAGUCUAGAAAAAAUUCUUAAAGCUAGUGGGUGCAUAGACUUGAAACAGCGCGCCGGUUGCCUAUCCUACUUAGAAGAUCCCAACCGGCUCAAAUCGAUGCUUACGCAAACUCUAACGACGAGCAAAUUCAAUUCUUGGAAAAUAGACGAAAACGGUUUGCUCGCUUUUUCGACGGAUCAAAGGAUCUCGAACAUAGUCAACAAAUUCUUGCUGACUACCGACUACAACGGAAUCGAUGAAAUUGAAACCAUUCCUGCGUCGGAGCGUAGUGUUAUUCAAAUGUUGAUGCUGCAGACUUACGAUUGUCUCACGCAUGAUAAAAUGCAUGGGUUGACAAUAUUUAUGGAUUUAAUGAAUUAUAUUAUAAAUUUUGAUACAUGCUGCAAUGCCUACGAGCUUUGGCAAUUCCGGAUAAUUGCCGCUGUAAUUGCCAAACGUAGAGCCAUCCCUGAGCCCGAUAUGCUGGUAUCGCAAGACAUGCUGCAAUCGUUGAUCGACCGAAUCAGACUGCGAAUGGAGAACAUGUUGAAGGGCAACGGUCACUUGGUCCGCUCGUACGUGGUUGGUGUGGAUUUCGAACGGCCUUUGGCGAAUCUGCUGGCAGAACUGUGCGGCGAAGGACGAAUACGGAUAGCUCGGAUGAUUACCUUCUAUGAUCUUCCGAUUCGGAUUCUUAGCAGCGAUGUGCUAGAACGAAUCAGUCAGACGGAUUACCUGCAGUUUGUGUGCGGUAUGCAAGAACAAUAUCCGGAAUUGUCUACCAGUACAAUCUGUUAUAUGGCGGAAGCCUUAGGACUGAAAUCGGUUCGGGAGAAACUAUGAACAGUAAGUUGAUUUAAUUUGUUUAUUGAUGAGGAUAAUAUGCUUCUGAACAAUUCUUCUAAAAGAUUAUACACAUUUCAGUAGGUGGUUUAUCACAGCUUCCUAAUUUGUUAUAUAUUUGCCUCGUUAGAUUUUUGAGUAAAAUUUGCUCUAAUCCAA